CAAAUAAAUAAUUAUAUAUAUAUAUAAAUGUUCCUCAUCAAACCAUAAACACCCACAUUUGGAGAUAAAAAACAAUGUCGCAAACCCCAAUUGCAAAUUAACGAAAUCACCAAUAACUCUCGCUUCUAUAGUGUCCCAACUCGUCAAACACAAUAGUAAAGUAGGAGUUCAUCCAUUCGAAAAAAGAAUGACAUUUUAGUAAAUUAAAUCCCCAAUCUAUAUUGUAGAUUAAAAAGUGGAAAGAACUCUACGAAGAAUAGACCAGCUAUUAUAUGCGCCUCCUUAAAGUUAAUAACAUACAAAAUAUUGAGCUUCCAAAAUUUUAACUAUAAAAAUGA